AUGGGAGGCAAUACCGGGGAGAGCAAGGACGAAAGCUCUAUUAAACCAGUGUCGUCCCUUAGAUCCCACUUCGAGAGCAUAGGAACUACCACUAGCAAACCCGCUCCUCCGAUCCCAAAGAAGCCGAGUUCCGUCUCGCAGCGAUUCCUUGAAGAGCCGAGUGUCCCGAGAUUGCGAGACGACGGAAGAGUGUCCCUAGACAUCCCACGCGACAACACACUUUCUGAAUCGAGCACAAGCACUGGAAAUGGAACUAACGGACAACGCUGGCGCAGCGCCUUCCGGCCAAGGGAUUCGCCUUCGCCAGGCAGGAGACCUCGCCCAAUGUCGGUCCAUGGCCACUACUCUCCACCGAAGACACCGCUGCAGGUGAAGAUAGACUCUCCAAAAAGCUCGCCGAAGUUAUCCGAAGCGGUUUCGCAAUCCGCUACCGUUCCUAGGUUUCCGAAUGGGUUACGCCAGCAAUCUCCAACGUCUUCCCGACCGCCCUCUCCUACUAUACGCCGACCCUCUCCGAAUAGGCCUCUUAUUGGAACCGCUCCUAGAUUAGACACGAAGCAACCGCCAGCUCCACCGCCACCCCGAGGCUCGGAACCGAAGAAAAGCCUCAAUGCUUCUCCUGUGGCUAGUCGGCCCAAUACUCCUCUUCAGACAGCGCAUUCCGAACCUCCACCUAUCAAUAGAUCUGCGAAACCGAAGCCGACAAUCCCAAUUCUAUCCCUCCAACCCACCUCUCAUGGUUCUCUUGCGCCCGUCGCGAGGGUAUCAGAGGAUGCCGUAUCGCCUUUUAGUACGCCUCCAAGCAGCGAAGAAGACGACGUUCGAACCAAGGCAAAGGGCUUCAAGAAGAGCCCCGUGCGGCUUACAAGCAAAGAGAGCCAUUUUCCACCUCAAACAGGCAGGCCCCCCCCAAAUGCACGGCAACCAAUUCGGUCGUUUGGCAUUGACGAAGAGAAACCUCCUGAGCAGCCGCCACGACCGCAGACGAUCGCUGUAGCUGGCGACAAACCGGAAGAUCGACCGGGACUUCCCCCGCGGCGAGAUGCACGCCUGGAACCUCGUGGGCUCACACGGCAGCUGACUCUAUCUAAUCCACCCCCUAGAUCGAUGGAUAUAUUGGCGCAGGCAGCGGGGAAAGUAGCGGACGCCGAUUCAAAGUUUAUGCCACCUCCAAAACGGGCCUCAACAAUUCCUCCUGGAGCAUUACAUGUUGCUUCGCCUCUCCCCUCUUCGCAGAUUUCCUCUCGCGCAUCGAUAGAUAUUAGGCGCCCUUCCGGAGCGCUUGACGGCAGCCCGUUCGUUCCAAGCGACUCCGACGAGGAGGUCGAGGUGAUGAACGCUAAGCCGACACCCACUUUGAACGAUUAUCCCGAUUCAUCUCAAUCAAAUCGACGGCCUCCCAGGUUUCGGGAGCGCCCUUAUGAUAUCGCGACGAAGUACGAUACCAAACUCUUCGCAGUGGCUGGUGAGUUCCUUUGUACGGCCGGGUACUACACCCGCGCAUGGAGCCUUCGAACCGGCGAGCUCCUGAUGAGCAUCAGCCACGGGGAAAAUACCAAAAUGACUGCCUUGGUAUUUAAGCCUGCGCAGAAUAUCGAAGACCAAGGAAAGCGGAUCUGGGUGGGCUCGACGACAGGCGAGAUCCAGGAAAUUGAUAUCCCGUCCCAGACGGUGAUUACAACGAAAUCCAGCGCGCAUAGCCGCCGCGAGGUUAUCAAAAUCUACCGGCACGCGGGUGACUUGUGGUCGCUUGAUGUUUCUGGAAGGGUAAACGUCUGGCCGCCGGACGAAACGGGAACACCUAACCUAACUAUGAUGCCGCAAAGCUUCAACGUCUUUCCGGGCCAUACGUUUUCCAUGAUGGCGGGAAAACAACUCUGGUUAGCGACGGGCCGAGAAAUUCGCAUCUACGAGCACAAUAGCGCGACUAAUAUGACGAAAGAUGUCACCAGCAGGAAUCCGCUCGCUCAGGCUGGGGCCGGCGAUGUCACUUCUGGCGCCAUCAUCAGUUCCCAAGCCGAUCGCAUAUACUUUGGCCACAUCGAUGGGAAAGUUUCCGUAUAUUCCCGGAAGGACUAUUCCUGCAUCAGUGUCGUUAGUGUCAGUCUCUACAAGCUCAGCACAUUGGUUGGCGUUGGGGAUUAUCUCUGGGCUGGGUAUAAUACGGGGAUGAUAUACAUCUAUGAUACCUCAGUGCAGCCUUGGAUGGUCAAGAAAGACUGGCAUGCACAUGAGUCCACAAUCGCAGGCAUCGUUGCCGACCGAACGAGCCUGUGGCACCUGAACCGGCUGCAGGUGGUGUCCUUGGGAACGGACAAUGUGGCGCGCUUAUGGGACGGGAUGCUCUCGACGGACUGGUUGGAAAGCGAGAUGCAACAGCGUGAUACGGAGUUUUGCGACUUCCGCGAGGUGAGCGCGCUUGUCACAACGUGGAAUGCCGGGGCCGUGAAGCCCACCGCACUCCGACACGAUCAACGAGACGCGAAUUUCUUCCAGGAGCACCUCACGGCCCAAGAGCCUCCGGAUAUCCUGAUCUUCGGAUUUCAAGAGCUCGUGGACCUGGAAGACAAGAAGGUGACCGCUAAGAGCUUCUUCAAGAAGAAGAAAGACUCGAAUGAGAAGGAGCACAUGAGCCAUCGAUACCGAGAAUGGAGGGAUCAUCUUGCUCGGUGCUUGCAAGAGCAUAUCCCAGAUCAUACAUAUGUGCUACUGCACACCUGUAAUCUUAUCGGCUUGUUUACUUGCAUCUUCGUCAAAGACACUGAGCGGCAACGCAUCAGUUACUUUGGCGCGUCGGAGGUGAAGCUUGGAAUGGGCGGAUACCAUGGAAACAAGGGUUCUCUUAUCGUUCGAUUCGUUCUAGACGACACUUCCUUGUGUUUCGUCAAUUGCCACUUGGCCGCGGGUCAGUCUCAGACGGUCCAUAGGAACAACCACGUCGCCGGCAUCAUGGAAUCCACAUCUCUCCCAGUCGAGGUCGACCCUGAACGGAAAUCCGAUAUAUUCGUUGGCGGCGGUGAUGGAUCGAUGAUCCUCGACCACGAAAUCUGCAUCCUCAACGGCGAUCUCAACUACCGUAUCGACACCAUGAGCCGCGACGCCGUCAUCGCCGCAGUCCAGGCCAACAACAUCGGCAAACUUCUGGAACGGGAUCAGCUGCUUCUCUCGAGGAAGAAAAACCCCAGGUUCCGGCUUCGUGCAUUCAACGAAUUGCCCAUUACGUUUGCGCCCACAUACAAAUAUGAUGUGGGUACCGACAGCUACGACACCUCGGAGAAGAAGCGGUCGCCCGCCUGGUGCGAUCGGAUUCUGUAUCGCGGGCUUGGGAAUAUGAAGCAGGUCAACUACAAACGGCAUGAAAUCCGGGUGUCGGACCACCGACCUGUGAGUGGCUUGUUCAAGCUACGAGUGAAGACGAUAAUCCCGCCGAAGAAAAAGGUGGUGAUGGAGCAAUGCGAGGCUCGAUUUGAGGAGGUGUACGAACGAGUCGCGCGUGAUACGAAACUUGAUUAUUUGAUGAAUGUCUUCGGUCUUCCGACCAAAGAAGCCGAGCGCCUGUUGAGGUAA